AUGAGACUCGUUACUCAAUCCGAACAAGACAGUGCUAGCCGAUAUGCCAUGAAAGGAUUUGCCGUAGGAGCCGCCCAAUGGGCCGGUGUGGGUUUGUUCGCCUCGGCCUUGGCUUACUCCUUUUUGCCUUGGUACCGCCGAACACAAACAGUGAACAAGUUUUAUAUUGUCAUGUGUUUUGGUUUGGGUGGCGGUGCUUACAAGUCCGAUCGCUAUAUGGUCAACUACGAACGUCGUGGCCGAGCACAGUUGCUGGACGAAGCGACUCGUUUGCGAUAUGAAAUAAUUUACGGUGAGACGGACAAAGAGCGUGAGGAA